AUGGAUGACCAGGUUGAACGUCUAGCCCAGAAAGUAUGGGGAGCAUUCCAAUCCACAGAACCGUCGAAGCGUUACAUGGUGGGCAUCAGUGGCAUCCCCGGCUCAGGGAAGACCUCAUUGGCAACUGCCGUCGUCAAUCGGCUUAACGCCAUGAGCACUUCGCCAGUCGCAGCCUGUAUCGCAAUGGACGGCUACCACCUCACGCGCGCCCAGCUGUCCGCCAUGCCUGACCCGGUUCUCGCCUUUGCCCGUCGUGGGGCGGCAUUCACCUUCGACCCAACCAACUUGAUAACCCUGAUCAGCUCACUCCGAAACCCACUAACUGCGAGCUCUCCCACACUAUAUGCACCCAGCUUUGACCAUGCCGUCAAAGAUCCGGUGGAAAACGAUAUCCCCAUCCCUCCUACCGCUCGUAUACUGCUGUUCGAAGGAAACUAUCUCGCCCUAGAUAAGAAGCCAUGGAGCGAUGCGGCAGCCCUGCUGGACGAGCUGUGGUUCGUGGAAGUGGAUUUUGAGGUUGCCAGGCAGAGACUGAUCAAGAGACAUGUGCGUGCCGGCAUUGCAAAGGACGAGAUGGAGGCUGAUAAAAGGGCAAGAGAGAAUGAUCUGGUCAAUGGGCGCGAGAUUGUAGAUUAUCGUUUACCUGUGGCGGAGAUUAUUGUCAGCAAAGAGGAUGCACAGUGGAAGAGUUGA